AUGUCCAUGUGUGUCUCCUCUGUGCUGCACAGAUCUCCGAUUUUCAAAGGGAAAGCAGUUUCAGAGGCAAGCAAAGAGGAUGAUAUAGAGGAAACAAACCAGACAGCCAUGAUGGACUAUGUCCUGCUGGGGCUCCAUGGGCACCAUGACCUAAAGGUGGUCCUGUUGGUGCUUUGCCUGGGCAUCUACUGCAUGAAUCUGCUGGGGAACUCCCUCCUCAUGGUGCUGAUCAUGCUGGACCCCCACCUGCACAACCCCAUGUACUUCUUKCUCAGCAACCUCUCCCUCAUAGACAUCUGUGGCACCUCCUCCUUCAUACCUCUCAUGCUCACCAACUUCCUACAGACCAGAAGUACCAUCUCCUUCCCAGCCUGUGCCCUACAGAUGUUUUUGACCCUGGCUUUGGGCACUACAGAGUGCCUGCUCCUGGCUGCGAUGGCCUAUGACCGUUAUGUGGCUAUCUGCCACCCACUCAGGUACACAGAGCUCAUGACUSSACAKAUGUGCAURCAGAUGGSAGCRCUGAGCUGGGRGACAGGCUUUGUCAAYUCACUGCUACAGUCCAUCCUGAUCUGGYGMCUCCCCUUCUGUGGCCACAAUGUCAUCAACCACUUCUUCUGUGAGAUCUUAGCAGUGCUGAAACUCGCCUGUGGGGACAUCUCCCUUAAUGCCCUGGUAUUGAUGGUGGCUACAACCAUCCUGACAGUGACCCCUCUCYUGCUCAUCUGYCUCUCCUACAUUUUCAUCCUGGCUGCCAUCUUUYGGGUUCCCUCURCUUCAGGCCRGCGCAAAGCCUUCUCCACCUGCUCUGCACACCUCACAGUGGUGGUGAUUUUCUAUGGGACCAUCUCCUUCAUGUACCUCAAGCCUAAGGCAAAGAAUCCCAAUGUGGAUAAGAUUAUCACACUGUUUUAUGCCGCUGUGACACCCUCACUGAACCCCAUCAUCUACAGCCUAAGAAAUGCAGAGGUGAAAGCAUCUGUCACAGCUCUGCUUGGGGGAGGUCUGCUCACUAGAAAAUUCUCCCACGUUUACUGUUGCCCUCUGACUCUGUCAGUCAACAUGAGCUAG